GCGUGAGUUGGUGAUCCAGAGAACCCAGGAAAAAUCGAACGAACCGCUUCUCGAUCCUCUUCGCGCCAGGCACCAAAGACCAGGCCAUCCUCCAAUUCCCUCGAUAACCCCGCAACAAUGGAGGUCAUCAUCUGGGCCAUUGCCACUCUCAUCCGAUGGGUGCGCCUCAAGAUCUACCAGUAUGAGGUGACCUUUGCGAUCUACAUGCUGACGCCAAUCGAGAAACUCAUCUUCAACACACUACUCCUCACGCUCAUCACCAUGAUCACCGCCGGAAUCUACAUCUACCUCCCCGACCACCUCCGCGCCAUCUACGGCCGCCUCUACUACUACUGGGCCGGCGAGCGCCUGUUCAGCUCUAGCCGGUUGUCAGUCAGUUCCAUCUUCGGAGAGACCGCCACACAAAUGGGAGAGAUGGUGUACGAAACCGCAAAGAACGCGGCCGCAGCCACGACUGCCCGCAUGGCUGAAUUGUGAGCCCGAUAAGGGAAAUUGCUGCAUUUGCAUUCUCUCUCGCCGCUAAGAGUGGAUAUGCUCUUAAUGCCCUGGGUGUAGGCCCAUGUCUACACUUUCAUGGGAACCCUUGCAUAUCCCUUUUCUAGUUGGCUGGCGCUUCUUGGAGUUCUUGUGUUCUGGGAACUAGGGGCAUUCCUAUAACUUGCAUUGUCGCAGUGCGGCACAUCGCAUUAUUAAUAAUUCUUGUCGUUUAUUUUCUCGGGGUCUCUCGUGCCGCGGGCUGAUAGACUUGCCUUGCCUGGCUUGGAUUACGCCUGUGACCGAUUGAUACCUUUAUCUUAUCAUUGGAACGUGAUCAUGAUUCAAGUUGGU